AUGAGGACAAUUCUAUUCUUGUUUUUCGUUACGGCUGCUUAUGGCUACGUGUUCGACUGCCUGGACCAAUGCGAGUGUGAUACGGAAGACGAGGUGAUCCACUGCCACAACGGAAAGCGGACCAAAUUGGCCCUUCCCGAAGGUACUCGGCUUCGCGGUUUCCCGGUGAUCGGAGCCACCUACAACAAUAUACAGACGCUGCCCGAUGAGGAGACGCUCAUCAGCAAAUUCCCCGAUCUCAAGAUUGUGGACGUGGAACGGAACCCAGAAUUCGACUGCGACUCGGUGAACAACUACCAGAGGAUCAAAAUCAUCUCCGACUGCGACAAGAAUGUCUCGUCCGUCAAUGUCGUGCCGCGCAUUGAUCGGCCGACCAAGGACUGCGACAUCAAAUGCCAGGCCGAGCGCCACUACAAGAAACUUCACGAAUACGUCCUCCAGCUUUGGGAUGUUUUGAAGGAAAAGUACAACAACUUCGACAUCGACGCCACGUGGCGUGACAUCCGCGAGUUCUUCAAGAAGGUCGUCAUCCAGGUCCAGGGCCUUGGCUCACAGAUCAAGAACAAGUGGGAAAACGCCGGAAACGAGCAGCAAAGCCACCCGAGGAAUCUACAAAUUAAGGUCGGAGACCACGUCGAUCUGCCGACACAAGCGCCGAUCGACAUC